CCCAGUUCCCCUCCCCAUUUCCAGUUCCCCGUGGCUGCUCUGGGAAGGGGUCAAAGGUCACAGAAUGGAGCGGGAAAGCCUCGGGGCACUGGUGAUACUGGGAGUUCUGUCCCUGGCCAGAGGGGACCCCCCCGAUGCCCCCAGUCCCUUCGAGUAUGACUGGUGCCAGCUGCGCGUCGGGGGCCUCGUGGUGGCCGCGGUGCUGAGCGUGGUCGGCAUCAUCGUCCUGCUCAGUGGGAAGUGCAAGUGCCGGAGCAAGGCCAGCCGCCGCCGCCCCCCCCCCGGAGCUGUCACCGCUGGCUGGGACAGGUGAGCGUCCCCUCCCCCCUGGGGACACUGGGGGGACACUGGGGGG